AAAUGAAACGAACGUACAACGACACCAAAGCUGACAAAAGCCAAAAUAAUUUAAAUAAAAGUUAUGAAGGCUCAACUUCAAGCAUGUCUUCCCCAGCUAAGAAUGGCGCAGCAUCCUCCAGACCAGCGUGCAGACCAUCACAAGCUACGAAUCAAACACGAUUCAAGGACCCUCCAAGAAUAACAGAUUAUGAAUUCUUGGAUAAGCUUGGAGAAGGUACCUUUGGAGAGGUUUAUAAGGCGAGAGAGAAACAAAGUAAUGACUUGGUUGCUUUGAAAAAAGUUUUAAUACACGACAAAACAGAAGGGAUACCCAUCACGACUAUACGUGAAAUUAAAAUUCUUAAACAAUUAAGCCAUGAAAAUAUUGUUCCAUUACGAGAUGUUUUGGUCGAUAGAGAAAAGGGGAAUAUUUAUAUGGUGUUCCCUUAUAUGGAUCACGAUUUGUCAGGUUUAUUGAAUAACCCAAACGUACGAUUAACCGAAUCGCAAAUUAAGACGUAUAUGAAGCAAUUAUUGGAAGGAACCGCAUAUCUGCAUCAUAACGGUAUCCUUCAUCGCGACAUGAAAGCUGCCAACCUCUUAAUCAGCAAUGAUGGUGUCUUACAGAUUGCAGAUUUCGGUCUUGCUCGUGGUAUGGAAGAUGAUAGCAAGGAAUAUACCAAAACGGUUGUAACUAGAUGGUAUCGACCACCAGAAUUAUUUCUUGGGGAGAGACGAUACACUAGUGCAAUCGACAUGUGGGGCAUUGGAUGUGUGUUCGGCGAGCUUAUGAAGUCGAUGCCUAUUUUACGAGGCCAAGACGACUUCGAUCAAUUGAAAAGAAUAUUUAGCUUAUGUGGAUCGCCUAAUCAGAGAAACAUGCCCAACUGGGAUAAGUUACCAGAUGCUAAGAAAGUUAAGUUCCAAACAAGCGCACGACAUGUCCGAGCUGAUUACACCAGCUUUGGAUAUUUCGCUGCCGACUUAAUGGACAAGCUGCUGGUACUUGAUCCCAAGAAACGAUUAACAGCUUUAGAAGCUCUUAAUCACGAUUACUUCUAUUCCUAUCCUUUGCCAGUAAACCCCGCCAAACUACCUAAGUAUGAAUCAUCACAUGAGUAUGAUUGUCAUAAAGAAAAGAAGAGACGACACAAUUAGGUAUUUUUAUUUUCAUCAUUAAAUUUUUUAGCAUGUAAGAAUCAACA